AUGGCUUUCACUGUGCUAACUGAUCGUAAUGUCAAACAAUUACUGAGCGAACUCACCCCGAAAGAUACGCACGAACUCAUUACUGGCUUGGAGCAAGUUCUUGCAGCUUACUCGAGCCAGAAUGAGAAGCAGUUUCAGCCUGAACGUGCUGUUGUUUCUCGGACACACGAGAACAGAAGCCUGUUCAUGCCCGCCACAACACCACAGUCAAUCAGUGUAAAAAUUGUAGGCAUUACGGACUCUUCCAAUUCCAUUGUCGCCUCGUCGAAGGCAUCACCACCACGGCCAGGGAUAUGCAGCGUCCUUACCUUGUGUAAUUCUGUGGGCGAAGCUAUUGGUAUACUUAAUGCUGCUGAGCUUACGGCAUUCCGAACAGCCCUAGGAUCUAUGCUUCUCUACCAGUUUCGUAAGGACACUGGUAACAUUGUCGUCUUCGGCUCAGGGAAACAAGCGGAGUGGCAUAUUCGUCUAGCUGUGUUGCUACGUGCGCAGGAUAUCCGCAAGAUCAUUAUCGUUAAUCGGAGCCGCGAGCGAACACAAGGGCUAGUCGCAAACCUUGUUGGAAACCCCUCUUCGCCUUGGCCAUCACAUAUCAAAUUGUGUCAACUUGAUGAACGCAACGAAAAUCUCGAGGAUGUGGUAGUAGCUGCGGACGUCAUAUUCUGUACCACUCCAUCUACCGAACCUCUUUUUCCAGCGAAAUUUCUCACUUCUGAGAUAUCUCGGGACAAGGCUCGAUACAUCGCUGCUAUCGGCUCAUACCGACUGGACAUGGCAGAGAUCGAUCCGGAACUCCUCAAGACUAUAGUGGAUCCCUCUGGAAUAUUCUCCCAGAAAGUUUGGGAAGGGCAUGUCGUAGUUGAUACCCGCGAAGGUUGUCUGCAUGAGGCUGGAGAACUGGUCAGCGCAGGUAUAGACCCGAGUAAGAUGCUAGAGGUCGGACAAGUUAUAGGAUCCAACGGUGCUGCUUCUGCGUAUUCUGAAUGGCUCAGAAGCGGGUUCGUCGUUUACAAAAGCGUUGGAGUAGGUGUUAUGGACAUUGCAGUAGGACAAAAGCUGUUGCAACUUGCAAAAUCCAAGGGUAUUGGGUUGAGUUUGGCAGAUUUUUAG